AUGAGGUCACAGCGGGGCCGGGGAUCCGUGGACAUGUCCUGCUCCCUCCUGCUCCUCCUGCUGCUGCUGCGCCCCCAGGGGGCGGGCGGCUGCCUGCACUGCGACCGGCCCUUCCUGCGGGGGCUGGGGGUGCUGCUGGGGGAGGCGGUGCCCUCUGAAGUGCCCAACCGGGACGCCCUAAUUCAGCGCCAGGUCGAGGCCUUUGAGCGCCUCUACAGCACCCACCUGCCAGAGAAACACCACCGGGUGCUGGAUGUCCGCAGGAUGCUGGCUGUGAAAGCUGCUCUGAGCGGCUGGCUGAGGGCUCUCAAGGAGACGCCCUGGAAAGGGGUUCACCUGCUGCAGCUGAUGCUGGCCCAGCACCGCGAGUCCCUGCGAACCCGCCUCCGAGAGGCCCUGGAGAGCUUCGCCGACGUGGCCUGCUCCGAGGACUGCACGGUUACAGAGGGGCCAGUUCUCGACUGCUGGACCUGCCUUCGCAUCAAUGCCCAGUGCUUCGACGGGGAGCUCUGCGGAGAGGAGGACCCACGGGACGCGGAGAGGAAGGAAAUCACCCUCUAUCUCUUCCUGGUCUGCCAGUCCGUGCUCCUGGCCUCGGCCGCACUGCUGUACUGCGUGUGCUGCCGUCACCGCAGGUGGCUGGAGGACAGGGCCUGGGCCGGACCGGGCACGUGGCUGUGCUAGCCAGGUGAGGGACUGAGAAGGGGGCAGCGGGAC